AUUGACGCCUAAUGCCAUAGUCCUUUGGAAAUAAGACACUUCAUUGAUAGCUAUUUCUUGAUCUUGCCAGAAGCUGUAAUUUAGAAGUUUUUUACCCACCUAUUUCAUGAUUAUUUCCUGGCUGACGGUGGUUUUAAAAUGCAUCCCACGUCAGAGAGGUUGAAAUACCAGGGAUGGGGCAUGCACCUUAGAAUCAGUGAAUUUAGGGUAAUGACUUUGUGUUUAGACCGGAGUCUGUUAUUUGUUUGAUAGUUUAGUGCUAAAAAAGUAGGUCAUUUUGCUCAAAUUUGAUAUGGAAGUGUGGGAAUGUGUUCUUUGUACCUAAUUUUCAGAAUGGGUUUUAUUGGACUAUUUAAUCUGUGAACCUGAAUUUAGUUGCCGUUGGGUAAACAUCUCAUGUUUGAGAAUUAUCAGUAUCCAUUUUUUUCUCUCCUAACCUUAAGGUGCCAUGGCUUAUUCAGGGAAAGAUAACUAUAGAAUGAAAAGUUAUAAGAAUAAAGCCCUAAAUCCCCAAGAGAUGCGAAGACGAAGAGAAGAAGAAGGAAUACAGCUUCGAAAACAAAAAAGGGAAGAACAGCUGUUUAAACGCAGAAAUGUCUCUUUGCCCAGAAGUGAUGAAUCUAUGCCAGAAAGUCCUAUUCAGGAUCCAGAUAUCAGUUCCACUGUACCCAUUCCAGAGGAUGAUGUUAUAACCGCAGAUAUGGUUCAGAUGAUUUUUUCUAAUAAUGCUGAUGAACAACUAACAGCGACACAGAAAUUUAGAAAGCUGCUUUCUAAAGAACCUAAUCCACCAAUUGAUCAAGUUAUACAGAAACCUGGCGUUGUACAGAGAUUUGUGAAAUUUCUUGAAAGAAAUGAAAAUUGUACUUUACAGUUUGAGGCUGCCUGGGCAUUAACUAAUAUAGCGUCUGGAACUUUUCUUCAUACCAAGGUAGUGAUUGAAACAGGGGCUGUUCCAAUUUUUAUCAAACUUCUAAAUUCAGAGCAUGAAGAUGUUCAAGAACAGGCUGUUUGGGCACUUGGUAAUAUUGCUGGUGACAAUGCAGAAUGCAGAGAUUUUGUUUUGAACUGUGAAAUACUUCCACCUCUUUUAGAGUUAUUAACAAAUUCAAACAGACUUACAACAACCAGAAAUGCUGUAUGGGCCCUCUCAAAUUUAUGUAGAGGCAAAAACCCUCCUCCAAACUUUAGUAAGGUUUCACCUUGCUUAAAUGUUCUGUCACGAUUGUUGUUUAGCAGUGACUCAGAUGUAUUAGCAGAUGUGUGUUGGGCCCUUUCUUAUCUCUCUGAUGGACCCAAUGAUAAAAUUCAAGCAGUCAUCGAUUCUGGAGUCUGUCGGAGAUUGGUGGAACUUUUGAUGCACAAUGAUUAUAAAGUUGUAUCACCUGCAUUAAGAGCAGUUGGUAAUAUUGUGACUGGUGAUGAUAUUCAAACACAGGUAAUUUUGAAUUGCUCUGCAUUACCCUGUCUCUUACACCUACUGAGUAGCCCAAAGGAGUCAAUCAGAAAAGAAGCCUGCUGGACUGUUUCUAACAUUACUGCUGGAAAUAGAGCUCAGAUUCAGUCAGUUAUAGAUGCAAAUAUUUUUCCUGUUUUGAUUGAGAUUCUUCAGAAAGCAGAGUUUCGCACCAGAAAAGAAGCAGCUUGGGCUAUAACUAAUGCAACAUCAGGAGGCACUCCAGAACAAAUAAAGUAUUUGGUAGCUUUAGGCUGCAUUAAACCACUUUGUGACCUAUUGACUGUUAUGGACUCUAAGGUAGUCCAAGUGGCUUUAAAUGGACUUGAAAAUAUUUUACGUCUUGGAGAACAAGAAUCUAAGCAGAAUGGGAUGGGUAUUAAUCCAUACUGUGCUCUCAUUGAAGAAGCAUAUGGUCUAGAUAAAAUUGAAUUUCUACAAAGCCAUGAAAAUCAAGAAAUUUACCAAAAGGCCUUUGAUCUGAUUGAACAUUACUUUGGUGAAGACGACGACGACCCCACCAUUGUGCCUCAGGUGGAUGAAAACCAGCAGCAGUUUGUAUUUCAGCAGCAGGAAGCACCAAUGGAAGGGUUCCAACUUUAACUUGUGGAGGAAAGCAUUAACGGCUAAAAGGGUAGCGUCCGAUAGCUCCUCUUCGUUACCAUGUCAGUAGGAAUGUUUGAUAUGUUCUUAUGUAGAACGGAAGAGGAAUUGAUGCACUUUUAAAAGCAAACAAAACAAAAGUUUCUAGUCAGCUGCAACCUCUCAGUAUAGUUUUGAUUUUGCUGUGCCUGUAUAUAUGUAUUUUAUUGUUUUGUCUGUUCCUUAAUCUAUUCAUGAGCAAUUAAAUACAUUAUGAAGUUAUUUAAUAACUUAAGCUUGAAAAGGAGAACUUUGGUAAGGUAUUACACAUGGUUCUGAAUUUUUUUCUAGCAUUCUUGAAAACUGCAUAUUAGCAGUCCAGGUAGUUAGAAUUGCAUUGUGGCAGCAAGUCUGACAGGCCCAAUCUCUACUAAAUCUACCUCUGUCUUGAAGCAAAAACACGUCAGAAGCAUUAGUAUAAAAGCUAAAUUAAAACGUGAAAAUAAUCUAUUACCUUAAAUUAUAAAUCACUGUGCUGGAGGUUAUACUUUGCAACAAUAAAUUGCAACAGAAAAAGCUGUAACAUUUAUUUAUAAAACACAGAAGAAAUAUUGAUAAUUAAAAUGUGGAAAUUGUGAAGAGAGAAGCUGUUCUUCAUGUUGAACACAUUAAAAUGAUUACACAUUAAAUAUUUGUGUUUUUAACAUAUAAAUGCUAUUAUAUUAGCAUAUUUUGUAUUUUGACCAAAUAUGCUACCAUUUUUGAAAUAGUGUUUUAUAAUUUUUCACUCUUUAUUUUUAAAAAGCAUAAUUUUAAGGGAUGCCAGCAUCAGUCUAAAGUAGUGCUGAUAGCAAAAAUAAUACUAUAUGUAAUUGUUUCUCUGAUUUUUCACAGCAGUAAUUGAAGUUUCAUUUUCUGUGUAUUAGUGAAUUUAGGUACUUGAAUGGUGAAAUUAUCCUGAAGAAGUCACCUUGAUAUUUGCUAGUCAGUAUACUUAAUGUUUGGACA